AUGUCGUUGUGGAUAAGGGGGGGGGGGGGAGCCAACAUCCUCCUAACCCCCGACAAAACCCACUCCCGCAUCAUCGCCAAACUCGCCGACUUUGGCUGCGCCACCUCCGACGAAUGGACGUAUCAAACCAAGCCCCUCUCCCUGGCCUCCAACGCCUCGGCCCAAACCCCGGGCUUCGAUCCCCCAGAGUUCCCAAGGUUCUUGGGCAAGAGCGACGUCUGGCAGCUGGCGCUGGUGUUUGUCUGCGUGUGCAACAUGUUUCAGGAGUGGCCGCGGAGUCGGAUAAAUCCGAGGGGGAGACGGUGGGAUCGGGAGCGACCGGCGGGGUUGUAUUAUUCGGGGGAGUGGAGUAGGGAGUUGGGGGAGUGUUUGGUCGAGGAGGUGGGGUUGAGGCCGGGGUCCUUGCAGUCUCUCAAGGCCGUGACGGCGGCUUAUGAUCGUAUUCGACCGUCUUUGCCAGUAGAUCGGCAGCCACUCGAGCUCCUCGAGCACGCUGGGCCUGACUAUACAAGGACCAGAGAGCCUGUAUCUUCCAGUAGUUCCGGACGGCCUGCCAUAAAUGCCGACCAUGGGUAUCCCAUGGCUGACACGGGGCGCGGCCAACAUCCACAACGACCGAGGUUGCAUCGACACAUCUUCUCUGACCCUGAAGCCAGAAGAGUGGGAAGACUACCGCAUAGCAACACGGAAUUUUUGAGCAACCAGAGAUUGCCACAAGAGCCGUACUCGAUUGCGCAAUACCCAGGAAAUCUACCAUAUCAUCAAGCAGGCUGGGAUGACGAGGAUGAGUACGCUAUGCAGGGACCUGAACCAUCGAUAUACGGAGGGCAGCACCAGCACCAGGGCUUCUAUCCACCAUUACAUCCGCGUAGGCCGCAGUAUGUUUGGAGAUACUGA